AUGGAGGCUGAUAGGAGCAGUAGUGCUACAAAGCAGGAGAAUGAUGCAAGUCUAGAUAUGCAUUCAUUGGUGUCGAACCCGAGUUCAAGAAAAGAGAGAGGCAAGAAACCAUGUAUUAGGCCUCCCAAGAAGAUUCGAAGCCUGGAACAUCCAAAUGCAACUAAAUCCUCGACAGAAAUCACCCAUCGAAAAUCUCCAAAUCAAAUUUCUCCCCCUCUUCCUUCUUCAAAAUUUGUUUUCCCUUUUGCCCUUGAACAGCCCUCAACUACUAGAAGUACCCUCCAUUUCAGACCAUACAAUUUGCCAGAAUUCAAUCAGUCAUCACCAUUGCAGAAUCAACAGAUGAUUUCUUUUGCUCCCCACCAACACGAAUCAGUCUAUUACCCACAGCAUCAUGAGUUUCUUAGGUACUGGAGCAACACCCUUAAUUUAUCGCCUCGUGGAGAACUCGAGUCAACAAUGACAAUGGCUGCAUCCUCCACAAAGCUCUACAGGGGAGUGAGACAACGCCCAUGGGGAAAAUGGGUGGCAGAGAUUCGCCUUCCACGCAACAGGAGUCGAUUAUGGUUGGGAACAUUUGACACUGCAGAAGCUGCUGCUUUGGCCUAUGACCGCGAGGCCUUCAGGUUAAGAGGAGAGAAUGCUAGACUCAACUUCCCUCAUCUCUUUCUAGCCCACAAAAAUGGUGUCAAAGAGCUCUCAGUGCCUCCUAGUUCAUCUUCAUCUUGCAUUACCAUGGGAAAUUCUCACCCUAAUCCACAAGCUUAUGACACAGCAAUGGUACCUUCCACUUCAGGACUUCCUCACAACAUUGCUUUGGACAAGGCAGAUUUUAAUAGAAAUUAUCCCUCUGAUUUGGGAUGGAAUGAAAUUAGAGGUAACAAUUCACCAGGAGAUGGUCUAUUGGGAUUUUAUGAACCAGGGUGGGACAAUAUGGCUGACGUUUGGUCUGAUGCAAUCCAAGCUGGAGGGGUUCCUACUAACCCGGGGUGGGACCAGAUCAUCGACCACAGUAAUGACCUGAUGCAGCAAUCCAACUUUAUAAUUUCUGGAUCAAUUGAUGAAGGUUUGAUUAGCACUGAUGUCCAAAUGCAACAAGAAAACUCAAGUUCCUCUCCAAAACCCUUCAAGGAAAGUGAUUGA